AUGACUCCCAAGAUCCCAAUGCACGACAUCUUCAAUGUGCGCAACUUCGCUCCAGAAAUCAACACCAACGACCUGAACAUGGCGCUGCGCUCUGCAAGCCUUGUCCUCCACUCGCCCGUUGCGCUCCGAUGCCUGCGCUUCAUGUUCUCUGGCAAACACACUGCCGUUCCCUCGAAGGACAAUCUCAGGAUCAGCGAGAUCGAAGGCGAUCCAUACAUCCAGGAACAAGUCGAAGAAGAGGAAGCCUCGAUCGUGAAGGCAAAAUUGGAAGAUCUCGCAAAGUUCGUCGCAUUCGUCACAUCAAACGAGAACAACGGCAACGACAAAGUCAAGCCGACAGUGAACGAGAGCGGCGCGGUUAUUGCAGUCGAUAUCCCACUUCCAACGGACGUCCUAGAAGGACUUCGAGAUAUAGGCGAGCAGGGCAAGAAUGGCGCGCUGUCAGGAGCGAUGAGAGCUACCGAGAUGCUUCUGUCAUACCGACUCCUCCACAUCAUCAUGCACGGCCUUGGACAUGCCGCGUUCUACUAUCGCUACUCCUUGGAGGGAAACGAGCCGCGCGUUCGCCAGCCUCUCAUUGGCGACGAAGUGGCGUCAGAUUGGGGAUGUACACUCCGACAGGCUGUCUUCGGUGGUAUACUCUUCUCUGUCGACAUUGGACGGCAGCCGUAUUUUGUUCGGGCAGCAGCGCCUCAAGACCUACAGCAAGCAUCAAGAGUGAACACGGACGCAGGGCUGGAGGAAGACACAGAAGACGUUUCGGAAAAGGAUAUUGAGAUGGAAGGCGACUCUGAAGCCGGCGCUGGACCUGAGGUUGUUAACAGCAACUCCGUGGUGACGCUACUCCAGUGGCCAUCGUUCCCGCACGUUGUCCAACGCCGCCUUUCAGGCGAGCCUCACAAGAUGGCACUCCGAUGCCGCAUCUAUCAUGCCUCUGCCCAAGCUGUCCGCAUUCCGUUCUUCUACAUACAGGCGGCCUUCACGAGCUCUACCUGGAGCAAGGAAGUGCCCUAUCCAGAGCUGGUGCCCACAAUCACCGACCCUCACUCCGUGACCGUCCGCGCGCGCUUCGGAGACGACAAGACCAUCGACCUCCGAGCUUACAGCAACCAAGUGGCGCGCCCCCCGGAGGACGCACUCGCCAUCAUCGACGAAGCCUCCGAGAUGUUGGAGAACGAAAGAAUGCAAUCCGACUUCCAUCCAGCAGAGCUUGUUCGGCGUCACAAGCUCACAAGAAGUAAUAAGCCCGCCAUAUCUGACGCGAAGAUGUUUGAAAAUUUUCAGCAUCAAAUUGACGCCAAGAAGAGAGAGCUUGGAGUGGACACUGUUGGUCCACAGGGAUACAACGGAAGUGAGCGGAAAGGAUACGGACACGCCAUGAAUUGGCUGCACGGUGGGAAAUCCCGUGGUCGGCUGCCUCAGGUAGGGAUCGCUGGGAGGAGGAUGGAUGAGCCUGAAGAAGAAGCUGAGGAGGAAGCUGAGGAGGAGUCUGAGGAAGAGGCUGAGGAGGAAUCUGAGGAGGAUACUGAGGAGGAUACUGAGGAGGAAGCUGACGAGCAGCAGGAGGAAGAUGAGCAGGAGGAUGAUGACACACGAGAGGAGCAGGAGGACUGAGGUGAGACGAUCGAGAGAAGGACAUCGGCGAGAACAGUAGGAGGGAAUGAAGGACACGAAUAUGGGCCUGAGACGAAGUAUAAUGCUUCGAUGAUGUAGGUAACGGGGCCAAGCAUUGCAACCGUCCCACAUUAAUUAGUACCAAACAUCCAGCGCCAAGCUAAAUACCCAAAACUCCGCAACAAAGCUCUCCUCAAGGUGGAUUCAAGGUCGAAGAGACAUUCGUCCUUGUGAUUGUCGCCCCUCUAGUUUCCCAGCAAUUCGAAUACAAUGUAA